CUCACAAAUGCCUGACAUGGUGUAUAUCACGGACCAUUCGCCUGAAUCUCUUUUCAUGCUGGAUUCGGAGUCCUCGUCAGCUCAGCCAAGUCGAAUGUCACACCGCAGCAGACAAAGAAAAUGCUAAUAAGCCGCAUGGUAGUAAAGCGGCCGACUUUGUUGAAAACAAGACAUGGACUUCAAAUGCGACUAUUGCGGUAGCAGCUUUAGACGACAGGAACAUCUGAUAAGACACAAGCGUUCGCAUACCAGGGAAAGGCCCUUCAGCUGUACCAAAUGUGGUAAAAGCUUUUCUCGACUGGAUGUUCUUACGCGUCACACCGCCUCCCAUAGUCAAGACAAAGAACAAUCACGUCGACAUGGAACAUCGGCAAGAGCUUGUAGUCAAUGCGCAUCGAGCCGAACCCGGUGCUCAAGGGACCAGCCGUGUCAACGUUGCACCAGCCGAGGGCUGAAUUGCAGUUAUCCCGGACGACGACGACGACGACGACAGGGACGUUCAAAUGGGUCGUCGCCUGAGACCCCUGAGGAUGCUGAUGGAAACACUGGACAGCACGAUCGUACUACUCCCGUGCCGGUCAAUGGUGAUGUGGAAAUCUCUGAAGUUCCAGCUGACUGCGACAUCAACGCGCACCCGGCCCGCGGGAGCCGUGAGAAUGAUACGCCUCUGAUACUCCCUGAUGGCAAUGCAAGCGCCAACGGGCGAGCGGCUGUGCAAUCCCGUUCCAUUAGAUGGGAAGCUAUGACUGCCAACGACGGCGGUCAAUACGAUACGCAGGAUGCCAGUAUCUCUUGCGAUGCAGAGAUUCUUGGUAACUUCGUUAAUAGCGACUUCUUUGCGGAUCAGUCUAUUGGAGUUUCCGGGAUCAACUGGCUUUCUCCCGAGUACUAUACCAGCUUUGACUGGGUACAGCCCACAGCUGCUGACGGAACGGUCAUUGCUAGUCAUGACCGCCUUCAUCAGACAACAGCUGGAAUCCAGUUUGUACAGGGCCCAUGGUUCAACCUUACGGAAGAGCCUCUGCCUGAGGUUCAAGAACCACCGGCGCCAUCCAGCCAUGAGAUAUACAAUCCAAGUCAGACGAUUGAAGCUAGGCAUAGAAGAAGCUCCAAUGGAUCGGUCGUGUCCUCAUCAACCACAGGAACCUAUUACGUCGAUGGAGCGCCCACUAGAGCCCCUUUCAAAGGUGGUCCAGGCCCGAUAUAUGGCGAAGCAGAAAUCGAAUGUCCGGGGGUUCCAAACGUCGUUCAAGCAGAUGGUUAUUGCGAGGACACAAACGGUCUGACACCACUUCUCUUAUCGGCCCAAGCUUACGAAAAUCUAAUCAACAAGUUCAAACAUGAAGUCUGUUUCAAAGGACAUGCGUUCAACCCAAGACAAUAUCCUUGUUUGUCGCACAUCAGAGCCUACUUCAGGCUUUACUUUGAUCGAUUUCACCCCGCAUACCCUUUCUUAAGAAAGUCGACAUCCAUAUACGAAUCGGAGUCUAGUUGGCUUGUUCUUCUGGCCAUAUGCGCUGUUGGAUCGAGAUACGCAUCAGGGGUCAACAAUCAAAGCCUCGGAGAUACAUUAUAUCUCUUCCUUGAAAAGGCUGUCUCUCAUCAUAUCCUUGAACACACCCGCUCAAGACCCCCCGCAUGCUGGGGCAUUUUCUGCGAGGCUAGACCAGAUGAUAACCAGACUUUGAGAGCUGCUCAAGCCACAAUCCUUUACCUUGUGUGCCGACCGCAAGAUUCGAAGAAAGACCCUCGCAUAUUGGAUGUGACGGCGCGUCAAUUCCUUGUGGCUUGUUGCCGCGAGCUCAACCUGCUGAACAUAUCAGCUGCAGCGCCAGCAAACAUGGGCUCUGCUACGAAAGAGGCUGUAUUAAAAGCCUGGACUCAAAGGCAAUCUCAUAUCCGAACCGGUAUGAUGAUAUGGACACUUGACUAUAUCCUGGCUUUGCAGUUCAACCAAGAACCUCUACUGAAUUUGGGCGACAUUAAAGGCGUUUUGCCUUGCCCUGGGCCGCUGUGGGAGAAACCCGAUUUGGACAAAAUCUCCCGAGAUGCCUCCAAAACAGUCCGAUUGCAUGACGCGCUGAGCAUGUUGUAUACGGAAAAGAAGUUGCCCCCAAACAUCGGUGACUUUGGGACAAUUGUCCUAACUUACGCCAUUUACCAACGGACGAAGGCUGCCACCUACCAAUACCAAUCAAAGCUUUCUUCCUGGACGCCAACAGCGGAGGUUGCCAAGCAUUCUGAGGAGGACCUAAUAGAAGAAGCAUGGCCGCCAUCGCUCCCAAUUCUUUCAAGAUGGAGAAACAGCGCAUGUGACUGCUUAGACCUGCUUCAUUGGAACGCUAACGCUAUAAUUGCCAAAGCCGGAGGCUGGGAGCAUCCAGCAUUGCUACACCUACAUCUCUCGCGACUUAUUCUUCUGACACCAAUAAACCACAUGAGGACGCUUGCAGUUGCAGCCUCGUUGGGUACCUACGGUCGAUCAGUUGACAAGUCGAAGGUUGAAACAGCGAGAACGAACAUCGCCAAAUGGGCGGUAAACGAUCAGUACAAAGCUAGGCUGUCAAUUAUUCACGCCGGGGCGCUUUUUUGGCACAUUCGCCGCUACAGCAUCAAAGAUGUUUUGGAACCCUUCGCCAUCUUCACCUCCACUCUGGUCAUCUGGUCCUACAGUACCAUGAUGCUCUUUCUCAACCAACACAAUGCUACUAUACCACCAACGUCGGGACCUUUACGACCAGAGCUUUCCCGGGACGGUGUCAUGGAAUCACAGGCGAGUCCUAACGACACAAGUGGAGCGGAAAACGACUUGGAAGAACCAGAGCCGAAAUUCCUACACCUGGACAGGCCAUGCGAUGAUGAGAUGGUGCAGACAUAUGUGAAGCUAGGACACCGUAUGGCGGGGCACGUUGCAAAAGUUGGCGAUAUUUGCCAACAAGGUGCACCCAAGAAGAUUUUACAAGAGGGAAUCCGGAUGCUGAACGGCAAUUUUGGACAGGAGUCUAAUCUUCCGAUCGAGCACACGGGGGGGGAAGUUUCGUUGAAGCAGCAGGGGACCUGGGGAGUUGAACAGCCCUUCGCAGAAUUGCUAGCAUCCCUUAUUCAGUCUUGUUCUGACUGACUGAAACCAAUGAUUCACUCCUCGGCAGAGAUUCG